GUUAAUAAUGCUUAGUGUGAUUUCUUUGAGCUUGAAUAUUUUCGCAAUUUUUUAUAACGCAUCGCUUGGAAAUAAGGAAGCCUUUCUAUUACAUCUAUUAAUUGUAAUUAUUAUACUAUUAGUUAUGUUUCUUGCUAAUUAUACCGGACAAGAAAUUACAAAUUACAGUAAUCAUAUAUACUCGACUGCGUACAAUAUACGAUGGUAUAAGGCACCAUCUUAUGUACAGAAGAUGAUACUCUUUAUUUUGCAGAGAGGCAAUAAAACUUUCAACAUAAAUAUCACCGGACUGUUUGUAUUAUCAAUAGAGUGCUUCGCCAUGUUAAUAAAAGCAUCGAUGUCUUAUUUUACCGUUAUGUAUUCUACGCAACAAUCAAAUGAAGAUAUAUCGUAUAACAGAUCAUAAAAUCCAUAAAAUACUUUUUAUGUUUGUAA